CUCCGCUCAGCGGUUCGCCCCUUCCCUUGCUCCCUAUUCCCUCCCUCCUCUCGAACUCUCUCACCGGCCGCCGCACACACUCGCGUUCACGGUCGCUGUGAGAGCCUGCGCCGCCCGUAGCUGCGAGGUCCGGCUACAGCCGAGACCAGUUCUCCCUCUCUCGUUUGCUUGAAGAAAGGAAGAAGGGAGAUGAAGAGAUGAAAAUAUGGCUCGAUAUACUUAAACCUAAUUCACCCUCUAGACCGAAGCGAACUCCUCUGCUCCGUCCGCCACCUCCGAGUCCCUGCAUUCUUGGCCGUUCUGACGACUGCUGAACUGGAAGCACCCUGUUGAGGAAGCGUCCGGUGUCUAGGGUUCGUGGAGCUGGAGCAUUCUGACGCGCCGACCACGAGACAGCGGCCUACUCAAGCCUACGCUUUACUGUUUUGCAGUAAGCUCGUUCGGUCAUGUCGACACUAGAAAUUGAAGCGCGGGAUGUAAUCAAAAUUGUUCUUCAGUUCUGCAAAGAAAAUUCAUUACAUGAAACCUUCCAGACGUUGCAGAGGGAGUGCCAAGUCUCAUUAAACACUGUGGACAGUCUUGAAACAUUUAUCGCUGACAUCAAUAGUGGAAGAUGGGAUGCAAUAUUGCCUCAGGUUGCACAACUUAAACUUCCUAGAAAGAAACUGGAGGACCUCUAUGAACAGAUUGUUCUUGAAAUGAUUGAGCUUCGUGAGUUGGACACUGCACGAGCUAUUCUUAGACAAACACAAGUUAUGGGAGUAAUGAAGCAAGAACAACCUGAGAGAUAUUUACGUCUUGAACAUCUCUUAGUUCGAACAUACUUUGAUCCCAAUGAGGCAUAUCAAGAGUCUACCAAGGAGAAGCGCCGUUCACAAAUCGCUCAAGCUCUUGCUGCCGAAGUGUCUGUUGUACCACCUUCUCGAUUGAUGGCAUUGAUUGGCCAAUCUUUGAAGUGGCAGCAACAUCAAGGGUUGUUGCCCCCAGGCACUCAAUUUGACUUGUUCCGGGGUACAACUGCAAUGAAGCAAGAUGAAGAUGAUAUGUAUCCAACAACCCUUGCACACCCAAUAAAGUUUGGAAAGAAAAGUCACCCUGAGUGCGCUCGAUUUUCACCAGAUGGUCAGUACCUGGUUUCAUGCUCAGUUGAUGGAUUUGUAGAGGUUUGGGAUUAUAUAAGCGGGAAGCUUAAGAAGGAUCUGCAGUAUCAGGCUGAUGAUGCUUUUAUGAUGCACGAUGAUGCAGUGCUUUGUGUUGAUUUUAGUAGAGAUUCUGAAAUGCUAGCAUCUGGGUCACAAGAUGGAAAAAUUAAGGUUUGGCGUAUUAGAACAGGUCAAUGCUUGAGGCGCCUUGAACGAGCACAUUCUCAAGGUGUAACCAGUCUUGUGUUUUCUCGUGAUAGUAGCCAGCUAUUGAGUGCAUCCUUUGACGGUACAGCAAGAAUCCAUGGUAUGAAAUCUGGCAAGUUGUUGAAGGAGUUCAGAGGUCACACUUCUUAUGUGAACGAUGCAAUUUUCUCAAAUGAUGGCAGUCGUGUUAUUACUGCCUCUAGUGACUGUACUGUGAAGGUGUGGGACAUGAAGAGCACAGAUUGUUUACAAACCUUUAAGCCACCACCUCCACUAAGGGGGGGUGAUGCUUCUGUAAACUCUGUUCAUUUGUCCCCCAAAAACAAUGAGCAUAUAGUAGUUUGCAACAAGACUUCCUCAGUAUACAUAAUGACUCUUCAGGGACAGGUUGUAAAAAGUUUCUCUUCUGGAAAGAGAGAAGGAGGGGAUUUUGUUGCAGCGUGUGUUUCCCCAAAAGGGGAAUGGAUCUACUGUGUCGGUGAAGACAUGAAUAUGUAUUGUUUCAGCCAUCAGUCUGGUAAACUGGAACACCUAAUGAAGGUACAUGACAAAGAUGUCAUCGGCGUAACUCAUCACCCUCACAGAAAUUUAGUUGUCACGUAUGGUGAAGAUGGUACAAUGAAGAUAUGGAAACCUUGAUCCUCAUAUUUACAUGUCAAUUAAACCUCUAAUUGUAGCUUAUUUAUUUUGGGCAAUCAAUCACUGUAGCAUUUCUUAAGCCCACACUUGUAUCGUGCAUCUGAAGUUCAGAAAUCUGUUUUAUUGUCAAAAUUCACUGGCUGUUUCAUCUCCAUUGCUGCAGAAAGCAAAUAGGCAAGCUUCUUCAUCUCCGGGUACAAGCUAUAAGCCUAUACCCAUGUUUUUUUGCAUCUAUCAAAUACCAAGCUCAGCGUUCUUUGAUGUUGGCAUAGACAGGCUGAUCAUAUUUGAUUAUUACAAGGGAUUGAAUUGUUAGAACUUUCUUUGUUGUUGAUUCAUCAGAUGGUACACCUGGAAUUUGACAUGUGAUUAGUUAUCAUAUUCCUAUUUAAUUGUUUGGUUGUA